AUGAUACUGCGACGUACCGGCGCUUUAAAAGUGUAUCGAAGCCCGUUUCAGACCCACCUCAGGUUUCUGGCCACAGUACCCAUCUCGAAGGCCAAGCACGACAUUAAAAAAGUGUUUGAUGACCAGCGGUACUGGCGAGAUAUAAAUAACCAGACCUAUCGUACGGCAGAAUCAAACAAUACCAACAUUUUUGGCAGAUUGAAAAAUGCGACCAAAGUCGCUGAUAAACUGGAGACCGGCCUUUUUCAAAAUCCGUACCUAACGUCAAGUCAGGGACUUCGAAAGUUUAGUCUCAGAACUUUGGAAGAAGCACAACAGCUGGUCGAUACCAUGCGUUCAGAUCACUCUCCACAUGGACUUCUGACAUACGUUCAAAGACUCGACAGGUUAAGUGACAUGCUGUGUCGUGUGAUAGAUUUGUGCGAGUUCGUAAGGGCUUCGCACCCAGAUCCGCAUUUCGUUCAGGCUGCACAACUGUGCCAUGAAGAGAUGUUUGAGUUCAUGAACGUUCUGAAUACUGACACUUCUCUUUGUGAAGUUCUCAAAGCUGUGCUUGCAGACAAAUCCCUCGUGAGCCAACUCAGUGUUGAGGAAUUACGGGUGGGGAAAAUACUUCUUGAAGAUUUUGAAAAAUCUGGCAUAGAUAUGGCCCCUGAGAUUGGUGAACAGUUCAUAACCUUGUCGCAGCAGAUCAGCCUUGUAGGACAAGAAUUCAUUAAUAAUACAGAUUAUGCGAAAAACCAAAGCGUGUCCAUACCGUGUUCAGAUCUUGAAAAGAGCGGAACCAGUAAGAUUUUGCUGGAUCAACUCUCGCGUGACGCUCGUGGACGUAGCUAUAAGAUUCCAACCCAUGGCUACAUACCUUUUGCCAUCCUGAGAGGGUGCCCGGAUGAGAAGAUCAGAAUGAAAGUGUGGACCGCGAUGCAUAGCUGCUCCGACCAACAAAUCGUAAGAUUGAAGCAGUUGGUGAAGCUAAGGGGGUAUUUGGCGCAUAUCAUGGGUAAAGAAAGUUACGCACAAUAUCAGCUGGAGGGCAAGAUGGCAAAAUCUCCAGUGUAUGUUCGUGGCUUUGUACAAUCGUUAGUUGAUACUACCAAGCCAUUGGCAGUACAAGAGCUUAGAGUUCUUGCAAACUUGAAAAGUGAACAUCGUGGUUUGAAAAAGCCGGAGUCUGACUUGGAGGUCUUAGAUCUGGUGCGGCCGUGGGAUCGCGAUUUUUAUAGCGCACUGAAUGCCCUUCAACAGCAGCGUAAAACUCUCGAGAACGAACAGAUCAAGUCAUAUUUCUCUCUUGGAACAGUCGUACAAGGUCUUUCGAAUCUAUUCCAAAGUAUCUACGGAAUCCACUUAGAGCCAGUGGUCAGUGUUCCUGGAGAAACGUGGUCUCCGGAAGUCCGUCGACUCAAUGUUGUCAGCGACACCGAAGGUAUCAUUGGUGUUGUCUAUUGCGACCUUUUCGAGCGACAAGGUAAGACUACAAAUCCUGCGCAUUUCACGGUGUGUUGUUCACGUCAAAUAUAUCCAGAAGAGACAGACUUUUCUACGAUUCAAACUGGGCAGCUACAAACAACAGGCGAGAAGUUUCAACUUCCAGUGAUCUCACUGGUCUGCAGUUUUGCGCACGAGACUGAAUCUGACGAAAGUGCAUGUCUGCUGCAGUUGAGCGACGUGGAGACGUUGUUCCAUGAGAUGGGUCAUGCUAUGCAUUCAAUGCUCGGAAGAACUUCGCUGCAAAACAUUAGUGGAACGCGUUGCGCGACCGACUUUGUGGAGCUUCCAAGCAUUUUGAUGGAACAUUUUGCUCGCGACCCUCGUGUUCUAUCCAGCAUUGGUCAACAUUACAUCACUAAUGAGCCUGUGCCACUAGAACUACUCAAAUUGAACCAAAACGAAUUAAACUACCUACAACACACGGAAACGUACUCUCAAGCCAAAAUGGCGAUGUUGGACCAGGGUCUUCAUUCAUCAAUCAUGCUGACAGACCAGCCUAUAAAUGUUGUAGAGAUGUACCAUGAUUUGGAGAAGAGACUCGGGGUGCUUAGCGACGACAAAAGUAACUGGUGUGGUCGGUUUGGACAUCUUUUUGGAUAUGGUGCCACUUAUUACAGCUAUCUGUUUGAUAGAGCUAUUGCCAGCAAGGUUUGGAGUCACUUGUUCGCUCGUGAUCCUUUUAGCAGACAAAAUGGCGAUAAAUUCAAGAAUGCUGUCCUCAAAUGGGGUGGUUCGAGAGAUCCAUGGGAAUGCAUUGCAGAUGCACUAGACAACAAAACACUCUCCAAUGGAGAUGAAAAUGCGAUGAGAUUUAUAGGCCGCACAGAGGAUAUUUAG